UGUUCGGUAAGGCAAGGAGAAACCACUCGGGGCGGUUGAUGCUCUGACGUCGUGUUCUCCAUAUGGCCUUUGAUGGACUUAUAAACUACUAUCUACCUCGCUACCUGCCUAGUCAUGUCUCGACUUGAAGACAACAUCAAACUUCACGAAUUAACAUACCUCCUAUAAUUACUAUAGGUAUACAACCUCUCACUUCGUACCAGACACACAUACUACAUUCCUCUAGUACCCUCACAAUGCAAUUCGGACUUUUGUUUCUUUCUGUUUUGCCCGCGACUUGGGCCGCGCAUCUCUACGCAGUUCCCCAGAGUCUUUCUCUUCUCGAGACCAGUGCUGAAGACAACGGCUGCACACUACCCGAUACCUACCGCAUCCAGGACUUCAAGGCAGAGUCUAAAGACAGCGGCAAGACACUCAGUGGCUUCGACUUUGUAUUCUUCGACCAGGACACCAAAUUGACGACUCCCUGCCACAAGAACGCUUCUUCAAAGGCCAUCACAGGCUUGGGAGGCAGAGAUCGGUUUGCGUGUGACAACGACGCAGUGGAGUUCAUCUGGACUGAUGAUACCAAGAAGCUAUGGAUGAUGGAGAAGGUCUGUCAACAACAGGAUGGAUCUAUACCAUAUGAGGCCAGUGGCAGCAUCAUUCUCAAUGUUAAGUGUGCCAGGACUGGUGGCUGCUCCAGCAACUCGACAGACCAGAAGUCGUCCUUCACUAGCCUUCAACCCGUGAGGGAGGCUCCUCCUUCCUAAGAAAUCGGUCUAUGACGAGUAAGAUCUCGUGAUCUUGAGUCGUGCAGAAUCCAGCUUGCCCGAUACCUGUCAUGCGGGCUACUUUGCUACUUGUACAAUAACAAAACAAAACAAAACUGGACGUAUGAGGAUGGCAAUGAAGCGAGGAAAAGGCAGAGAUAAUGUGCUGUUGGUACCAGCACUGAAUAGAGAUUCGGUUCGAGAUAUCGAUAUGAGCAAUGUAUUUAAUUUGUUCAUGAUUUCUUCAAAAAUCGUUUAUUCAGACUUCCGCCUCCAACGUGAAAGAAUGUAAAGUGGGUCUAUAAUCCGGGGUAGUAAAGUCUCAUUGACCAC